UUCCUGGUUCAGAAUACUAGGUUCAGGAUAUUCCACGUUGUUACAUUAUGCGCUAAAAUAACCAGUUUAAAGUAAGAUUUCUAGUAGACAUUCACACUAAUCUGUGCAAACCGCAGCAAGACAUUAGAACUGAUUUGGUUCAGUGUCCUAAAGGUGUACAAACAUGUUCCCACGAGACUUCGCGUGGGGAGCGGGAACUGCUGCGUAUCAAAUAGAAGGUGGCUGGCAGGCAGACAGCAAGGGACCGAGUAUCUGGGACACGUUUUGUCACGAUAAAGGCAGAGUGUUUGGGGAGCAGAAUGGAGAUGUGGCCUGUAACAGCUACGAGCUGUGGGAGAAGGACCUGGAGUGUAUCCAGCAGCUUGGACUGACGCACUAUCGUCUGUCGCUCUCCUGGGCCCGCCUCCUGCCUGAUGGGACCACACGACGUGUCAAUCAAAAAGGUGUUCAGUACUACAACAAGGUGAUUGACGAUUUGCUGGCCUGCAAUGUAUCACCUAUGGUCACACUUUACCACUUUGACCUGCCUCAAGCUCUCCAAGAUCAAGGUGGCUGGAAAUCACCGGAUAUAGCGACCCUGUUUGACAGCUACGCCAAGUUUUGUUUCCGAACAUUUGGUGACCGCGUCAAACUUUGGAUCACUAUCAACGAACCCUAUGUGUGCGCCAAACUGGGCCAUGAAGAUGGUAUCCAUGCCCCUGGGUUAAAAGAACCGGGGAUUGCUGCCUACCUGGUGGGUCAUAACAUGCUGCGUGCCCACGCCAUGGCCUGGCACAGUUACAACUCAAUCUACAGGACAGAGCAGAAGGGGGCGGUGUCUCUGGCCAUCAACAGCGACUGGCUUGAGCCGCUACACGCAGGUUGCACUGAGGAUAUCGCCGCCACUUACCGCCACUUUGCAUUCACACUAGGGUGGUUUGCCUGGCCUGUGUUUGUAACUGGAGAUUAUCCAGAAAUAAUGAGAUCUGCCAUCAAUGCUCAAAGUAAGAAGUUGGGGUACAACGGUAGCUCAAGGCUGCCCAGUUUCUCAAAGGAUGAGCCUUCCAUUUUGGGCACGGCUGAUUUCUUUGCAUUGAACUACUAUACAUCUCGUAAAGUCAAGCCGGGAGAAGGGUGUGGAAAGAUACUGUGUAUGAAGAGCGACCGGCAUACAGAGGAAGUUUUGGAUCCGUCCUGGCCUAUCUGUGGUGUGUCCUGGCUCGCUGUCGUGCCCCAUGGCUUAAGGAAACUUCUUAAGUACAUCAAGGACACUUUCAACCACCCUGCGGUCUACAUUACAGAGAACGGCUUCUCUCAGGUGGGGCCGCUGCAGAUUGAGGAUGCCCAGCGCUCAGAGUUUUACAAGGACACCAUCUUGGAAGUGGCGAAAGCUAUACAAGAAGAUGGAGUCAACGUCCGUGGAUAUUUCGCCUGGUCGCUGCUCGACAACUUUGAGUGGGCCGAUGGAUUCAGUGUUCGUUUCGGAUUGUUCCACGUGGACUUCGCAGACGCAAAGCUAAGCCGUACCAUCUACCAGUCUGGACGGGAGUAUGCAAAGAUGAUCUCAAAAUACAAAUGUGGUCAAGAGGAAAAGAGAUAAUAAAAAUCAGCAGUUUUUGCAU